UAAUGCUGAGUUAACGUUUGACCAGGCUGGAUGGGGCAGCAGUGAUCACACUACAGUCGAAGGAGUGAAACGGGAACUCUUAAGCAAGAGUCUCAUCCCUGAAGCUCAUCAUGGCACAUUCCACAAUGCACCUGCUGCUGCUCAGCCUCCUCAUCUCCACCGCUGCUGGGAAAGGCCUGGAGAAGGGACCACUAGAGAACAAGGUUCUAGACGUACCAGAGGGGACACCUGUACCCUUCGCCCUCUACCAGUUCCAAGCGUCCCACGUCGAGGUUGAUGGGUUCAGAUUGACAGGAGAGACUGAAGGAAAGAUCAGCAUCUCAGAGGACGGCUGGCUCUACCUGGAACAGACCCUGGACUGGACCCACACGCAGACACAUACUCUGGAGCUGGAGGCCUUAGUGGGUUCUGAACCAGUAGAAGGUCCAGUCAUCAUCACCAUCAACGUGUUGGAUGUCAACAACCACGCCCCGUCCUUCAACCAGACUGACUACAUCGGCAUCGUCAAGGAACGUACCCCCGCAGGUGUUCCAUUUGCGCGUGUGUUUGCUACUGACCUGGACGACCCAGAGUCUCCCAACGCCCAUCUGAGUUACACCUUGGUCUCCCAGAUCCCCAACAGAGACAACACCCUGUUCUUCGAGAUCAACAGCAACACAGGAGAGAUUUCUACUACUGCCGAGGGAGAGCGUCUGCUGAAGGCCAGAGAAAGUGUUAUUCAUUCCAGAGGAGGGGACUUCAGUGAUUCUCUGAAGAAGAGGUUUGAUGACUACUGCACCCCCACAGGGGACAUCCCUUAUGAACUCAACCCCUUCUACAGCUGUGUGCAGAGAGCAGAGUCUCGGAGGCUGAACCCUCUGGAAGACCCAGACUUCACUCUGAUUGUUCGUGUGGAGGACAUGGGCGGGGAAUCGGUGAACGCUCUCAACGGUAACACGAGGGUUAAAAUUGUCGUGCAGGAGAACCUGUGGGUCAAUCCUGGACCGAUCAACCUCAGAGAACAGUUGAAAGGGAUAUACCCCAUGCCCAUCUGCAAGGUCCAGUCUAAUGAUCCCAGUGCCUUCUACAGGCUGGUACAGAAAGAACGGGAGCUGACGUUCCCCUUCAAUGUCACAGAGGAAGGAGACAUUCUGCUGACUGAGGAGCUGGACAGAGAGGACAAGGCCAUGUACAUCCUGGUGGUGUUUGCUGAGGAUAGCUAUGGUAACCAGGUAGACCCUCCCCUGGAAGUGCAGGUGGUGGUGGACGAUGUGAAUGAUAACGCUCCAAUCUGUGAGGAGGAACUCAGUGUGUUUGAAGUGCAGGAGAAUGAACCCACAGGCAGCCCAGUCGGACAUCUGAUGGUGCAUGAUGCUGAUGAUGACAACACACCCAACGCACUGCUCUCCUAUUCGUUGGUGACCCAAACCCCAUCCUCCGUCUUUACCAUUGAUGGCAUCAGCGGCCGCAUCCAGGCCAAGCAGAUGCUCCAACGCAGAGAUGCAACAGAGUACCACCUCACUGUCAGAGUAAACGACCCAGGUUUCAGCACAGAAUGUAAGGUCCUCAUCAAGAUUAUCGACAUCAACAAUGAGCUGCCCAUCUUCGAGAUGAAUGACUAUGGUAGUCACAUCCUGUCUGAAGACACAGCUCUAGGCCACACCCUCCUGACAGUGAAAGCCACAGACGCUGACGACCCUGGAACAGGAAGCUCCCGCAUCGAGUUCCACAUAACCGCUGGCAACGAAGAUGGAGUUUUCGCCAUGGAGACAGACGACAAUGGGCAGGGCAGGCUAGUUGUUGCUAAGCCUCUGAACUAUGAGACUGCUUCCUCCUAUAAGCUACAGAUUGAUGCUCGUAACCCAGAGCCGCUGGUGAGCGGUCUCGAGUACGGCGCUGAAUCGUCCGCCAUGGUCUCGGUGGCGAUCAGUGACGCUGAUGAGGCUCCAGUGUUUGACAUGGACAUUCUGGAUGUCACGGUGCCAGAGGACACCAAGGAGGGAGCUACACUGCUCAAAAUAGACGCCAAGGACCCAGAGGGAAAAGAGAUACUGUUCAAGAUGGAGGGAGACACUAAGGGUUGGUUGGAGAUUGAUCCUGCUACUGGAGAGAUAAAGAUAAAGAAUAAAGCUGUGCUGGACAGAGAGACGGUGGAGUCCUUCCACUUUACUGUUGUCGCCUUCGAGAAAGCCAAUCCAGAGCUGUCCUCAGAGCGCGAGGUGUCUGUGAGGCUGCUGGAUGUGAAUGACAAUGUCCCCAAGCUGACAGAGAACCAGGCCUUCAUCUGUGUGAAGAAGCCUCAGCCUAUAGUCCUGACGGCCCUGGACGCGGACGCAGACCCCUUCGGAGCACCUUUCACAUUCAGCCUGGCACAGGGCAAGAAGUCCCCCAACUGGGACCUAAGCGCUGUGGACGGUACGUCUGCUAAACUGACCCUGAAGAAAUCUCCCAGUGAGGACAAAACCUUCCUAAUCCCCAUCAACAUCAAAGACAACGCUGGCAUGGGCAUCACACAGAAGUUUGAGGUGCGAGUGUGUAACUGCACAGAGUUGGGAUACUGUUUCACCGAGCCGGGCGUUCAUGUAGGGGUGUUAGGAAUGCCCACCACCAUCGGAAUCCUGGCUGGAACUGUCGGAUUCAUCGCCCUGGUCCUGAUCAUCGCUUUCCAUCGUAUAAAGAAGGACAACCAGAAGAAAGCCUUGCUGGGAGAAACGGACGCCAUUCUCUAGAAACAUAUGAGAUUGCAUGUGUUUGUUUAAUUGUUAUAUUUCUGAAGAACAGAUCUACUUUGAUUGGUUGUAUGCAUGUUAUAAAUACUACCUGGUUUCGUCAUAAUCACGCGCUCAUGCAGCUCAAUAACUUAUUAUAGUGAAUUUUGUCUAUAUUUAGAAUUUAGACUGUCCAUUCUCAGCUAGUGUGUCAUGACUGGCUGUGCACUGUGUGUGACGGUUCAAACACUCCAUUUCAAGCUGCUUGCUGUAAUUGUGUAGACUGUUGCUCAGAGACUUUAGUUCACCGUUUGCCUCUGACUGUUGUUUGUGGUUGAUACUGUCUUUAUACUGAUACUCCAUGAUGUUUUUUUGAUGAGGCCUGAUAUUAGUGAAGAUGCUAGCUAGCUGAGGGUUAAAUUAGGACGGUUCCACCACUUUAGAAUGGGAGAAAGACUGCCUACAGUAAAGAGUAGAAAUGACCAUGGAAAAACAACCCACGUUGGAGACAGUUCCAACACCUAAACAUCCCUCAGUUUAACCCUUAGUGUUAACUGUUUGACAAGCCCAGUGUAAUUGAGUGCCUGGUGAAUGUCUGAGUGUGUACCAAGUUUAUUAUAGUUUUGUGAUUUUCUAAUCAAUUUUAUUUCUAUUCGUUUUUCAAUUAAAAAAAUUAAUUCAGUUUAGUUUCCAUUCGGUUUUAGACUUGAUUUACUAGUUUUUAUUCUGUUUCAGUACGAUAAAAAACAUAUUUUGUUUUUAUAUUAUUCAGUUGUAGUUUCAGUUUCAGUUUUGGUUUCAGUUUUAGUUGUAUUUUCAGUUGUAGUUUCAGUUUCAGUUGUAUUUUUUGUGUGAAGGGACAGAAAGUAGCCUUAAGUGUCCUUAUGCUAGGGGCCAUGUAUGUGUGGUAGGACUAUAGCAGGGUACUCCAGUACUAUUUGAGAUGCUCCGCUCACACACAUUUCCUAGGUGGUAAAAGUCCUGAUGGAUAUUUUCAUUCAUCGGCGUAGUAACAAACCCCCACAUCACAAUCCAUUCCCACCAAACUGUUCAAACCCAUCACACCCUUCUUGUUGGUAGAGAGAAUCAUUUGUCGUUUUAAAGCUCAUUGUCGGCUAUUCUACAUAUAUCCACGUCUUAUACGUGUUCACAUGAUACCGGGAGUCGAAUCCUCAGCGAAUUACAAAAUUAAAACAAUAGCUAUCUCCCCGUCUUUAUUCUGAAAUUCUUUGUGGGUGCUGUACAGAUGAACUUUGAGGUUGUGGGAUGCAGGGUGGUAGUGGGAUGCUGCCAGCCAGCAUACCACCCUGCAUCCCACUGCUGCCAGCCAGCAGCAUACCACCCUGCAUCCCACUGCUGCCAGCCAGCAUACCACCCUGCAUCCCACUGCUGCGUACCACCCUGCAUACCACUGCUGCGUUCCACACCCUGCAUACUACCCUGCACCAUGAUCCCCAGGGCAGUGAAGGGGACAUUGCCCUGUGUAGAGUGCUGUCUUUUGGAUGGGAUAUUAUGGGAUGUUAAUAAACAGAUGUCCGUGUUAUCAUAAGAGUAAGGGUGUUAACCCUGAUGUCAUCAUCAACCUGGUCCCAUUCCCAUCAUGACCACCUAAUCACCCCCCCCCUCCUCUACAAUGUAAAGCCAUUGGAGUACCUCAGUUGGUAGAAAAGUGAUAUAUAAAGCCAAUAAAGGAUUAUUAGCUUCUGACACUACAAUACAUUUGCUUUUGUCCUCUCCAGCAAUGUACUCCAAAUAAUCCCAUACAGGGCUUUGUGUUUUGCAACCAACCACUGCUGGUGUUGUGUUUGCUGCUGCCAUUGUUCUCGCUCAUGCUUCCUGCUCGCCCUCAGAUUUAUUCCGUUAGCUGGCGAUGCAGCGAUGCAGCGAUGCACCAGCUAGGCCUGUUUGAAACAUCGCCAUCUACUGGCAGCAUUUACCCUCCAGAUUCAGAAGUUCGAAAACCCCAUUAGAGAAAAAAGCUUCAAAACCACAUUAGAUUUUUAUACAAAGUUUAGAAGGAGAAAAACAACAACUGAACACAAUUCAUGAUGGUUUUAAUUAUAUUUUAGUUUGUUUUGCAGUCAAAGAUAAUAGUUCCAGUAUAGUUUUCGUUUUUCAAUUUACUCAAUUGUUUUUCCAAUUUUUGUUUUUAUUUAAUUUUCAUUUCAGUUUUCGUUUACUAUUAUAACCUUGGUGUGUGCAACACAGUAAUGGAGAGAGGAGUGGGGGAAAUGUCUGUCUGAAUAAAGGCUAUCUGGACCUAC